AUGACGGACCAGUCGACCUUCGACACCAACAUCGUCACCCUGACCCGCUUCGUCAUGGAGGAGGGCAGGAAGGCCCGCGGCACCGGCGAGAUGACCCAGCUGCUCAAUGCGCUCUGCACCGCGGUCAAGGCCAUCUCCACGGCCGUGCGCAAGGCGGGCAUCGCGCACCUCUAUGGAAUUGCUGGCUCUACCAACGUGACGGGUGACCAAGUGAAGAAGCUGGACGUCCUCUCCAAUGAUAUGGUCAUCAACGUGUUGCGGGCAUCCUUUGCCACCUGCGUCCUUGUGUCAGAAGAAGAUAAACAAGCCAUCAUUAUAGAACCUGAGAAAAGGGGUAAAUAUGUGGUCUGUUUUGAUCCCCUUGAUGGAUCCUCCAACAUCGAUUGCCUUGUGUCCAUUGGAACCAUUUUUGGCAUCUACAGAAAGAACUCUACCGACGAGCCUUCCGAGAAGGACGCCCUGCAGCCAGGCCGGAACCUGGUGGCAGCUGGCUACGCCCUCUAUGGCAGUGCCACCAUGCUGGUGUUGGCCAUGGCCUGUGGGGUCAACUGCUUCAUGCUGGACCCGGCUAUUGGCGAGUUCAUUCUGGUGGACAAGGAUGUGAAGAUCAAAAAGAAAGGGAACAUCUACAGCCUCAACGAGGGCUACGCCAAGGACUUCGAGCCCGCGGUCACCGAGUACGUCCAGAGGAAGAAGUUCCCCCCGGAUAACUCAGCCCCCUACGGCUCCAGGUACGUGGGCUCCAUGGUGGCCGAUGUGCACCGCACCCUGGUGUACGGCGGGAUCUUCCUGUACCCCGCCAACAAGAAGAGCCCCAAAGGAAAGCUGAGACUGCUGUACGAAGGUAACCCAAUGGCCUAUGUCAUUGAGAAAGCUGGAGGGUUGGCUACCACUGGGAAGGAAGCUAUCCUGGACAUCGUUCCCACUGACAUCCACCAGAGGACGCCAGUCAUCUUGGGGUCCCCUGACGACGUGACUGAGUUCUUGGAGAUAUAUAAGAAGCAUGCUGCCAAAUGA